CUUCUUUCUCUCUCUCUCUCUAUAAAUAAACAUCACAGAUCCUCUCUCUCACUCUCUCUCGCUCUUCCCCCUUCCAUUUCCUUCUUUCUUCUUCUUCUUCUUCUUCUUCUUCGUUUUCACCUGAUUCUAGAUUCGAUCGAGGAGCUCUCCCGCAAGAUUCCUUGAGGAUUAUUAUCAGUCAGUCGAUCCAUUGGUGUUGGCUGGUUGUUGUUGUUGUUUUCAAUCGAUCCUGUCGUCCUCCAUGGGUUCGCUUCCGCCGGAGCUGAGCUUCGACAACCGUCCGGCGUUCGUCCCCAGGACGAUCAGCGACCUGGUGCGUGACAUCGCCUCGGUCGCCGAUGCUGCCGAGAGGUCGUCCAAGCUCGGUGAUCUCGUCCGGCGCCUCGAGGACGAGAUGAGGAAGAUUGACGCCUUCAAGCGCGAGCUGCCCCUGUGCAUGCUCCUUAUCAGAGACGCUAUUCUGACGUUGAAACUGGAGUCGGUGCAAUGCUCUGCAUCUGCACCACUGGUUACUCAGCCAGUAACAGCAGAAUUCAUUCCUUUGAAGAAAGACUGUGACGACACUGAAGAUGCAAGUCCCAAGGAGAAAGAGAAGGACUCCAAGGAUGAGAGUUUGGGCCCGCUUGAUCUUCAGCUUUGCACAUUUGAUAAUAGCAAGCCCUCCACUGUCAACCCUCCUGAUCAUCCCCAACAAGACGCUAAAGUCGAAACUAAGAGACAUGAACUUCUACCGAAUCAAUCUGCAGCUGAGGGUGCUCUGAAAGCAUGUAAAAGCAGGAAUGGGGCGAGGGAAUUCAUCCAGUUGAGGACAUUUUCUCCUCCGGCAACUGCAGUUUUCCCGAGGAAGGAAGAUAAGGUGGAAUUGCCCGUUCAUAGCCUUUCACUUCUCACUCCUGGGAUAAAGAAUUCAAGGGAAAAGCCUGUUUCUGCUGAUACAAGAGCAAAUUUUGGCCGAUCACUCACGCAGACCGUCCAGUCGAACUCGAGGAGUGGGGCUCCGCAGCAGAGUGCGAGGAAGCAGAGAAGGUGCUGGUCGCCCGAGUUGCAUCGGCGGUUCGUGAAUGCUUUGCAGCAACUCGGUGGCUCACAAGCUGCCACUCCUAAGCAGAUCAGAGAACUUAUGCAAGUCGAUGGCCUGACAAACGAUGAAGUGAAGAGCCAUUUACAAAAAUACAGGUUGCACACCCGAAGAUUCCCAGCUGCUGCAGGUUCCCCCACAAACCAAACCGUAUGUGUUUUGGGGAGUCUAUGGCCAUCUCGUGACCAAUCAGAUGAUGCUGCUGCCUCAAAAGGAAGCACAUCCCAGUCAGGAUCUCCCCAAGGCCCCUUGCAGUUAUGUGGAAGCGCAGGGGCUGCUUCAACUACAGGAGGGGAUAGCAUGGAAGAUGAUGAGGACUCCAAGUCCGAGAGCUUUAGCUGGAAGAACCACAUCCAGAGAACCGGGAAGGUCGAUGUAUAGUACUAGAUCUUUACCCCCCCCAACCCCCACCCCGUGAAUUUUGCAGAUAAGAUUAUACCUGGAGGAGUUAAAUAGCUACGAGAAAAUAAUUACAUCAUUAUUACUAUACAUAUAUAAUGAGGAGGACCUUAUAGUGCGGCUUCGAAAUUUUGCAGGAUUAGUCUUUCAGCUUUCCGUUUUGUGUCGAGAAGUUGAGCUUUCCGUUCAUUCAGAGCUUUUCUAUUGCAAUCGGGGUUGACAGAUAUGGUUUGAGAGACCCGUUAAUCCCCCUUUAUCAAAUUAUCCUAAAAUUUUCCUUUUAUCGCAUCCCUGACUAGAAGCUAGCGGUCUUGGCACACAACCAAUGAUCGCAAUUGAUCUGGUUUACGGGAAUCUUCUUCGACAUUACAAACACGGGGAAAAAGAGGUUUCUUGCCUUCUUGGGUGUCUUGAAGUUUUUCCUGAUUGACGGAUCACCAACCAUUCUUCUCUCUCAAUCUUUACCUCCCCCUCCCCCUACUUCAAGGACGGUAGGGGCUGUUUCGGUAGGAAUAUUCUCUGCUCCAGCUGUUUUUGAGGAGGGUUCCUGUUUCUUCUCCUGAAGGAGGAGAAAGUUUGGUGUGAGAGCUCAAGUAUGUUGAGGGGAAGAUCUUCUAAGAUCCUCCAUGUGAUUGAUGAGGAACAUAGCGGAAAGGUACGGGAAAUUUCCAAUUCCUACAGCUAACUUUCCCCGGGGGGGGGGGGAAGGGACUGCAAAAGAUUCUUCAGUUCUACCUACCCUUUGAAUUUUACUGUCUCCUCGUGCUGCUCGGUAGUCGGUAGUCUGUACCGGCAUCGGUCACGAGUCGAACCCAAUUUAUGUGGCAGGAGUAUAGUUCCAGAACAUUAUAACUCGGUUGUCACUCAAAGGAUGAGGUUUCGUGGGAAGCCAAGUCUUGGGGGUCAAAGAGCAAUUUCAUCUUAUUGGCGGUGCGAAUGGUGAGAAUGAUCAAUCUGGGGAAUCAUUUCUUGUUGGAAUUGGAAUGUCACUGUUGAAUUUCUUAUAAUGAGUGGGGGAGAAAAAA